AACCGGAAGUGGUUAUUUUAAAAAAACUCCAUGUAACUAAGCAACAUCAGACGCCGACUUCAUUAAAUUCAUCAUUAUUUUGAAGAUAGAUAAGCUAUAUAAUAUCUUAAAAGAGAGAGAUGGCAGCUGCUGCUGUUGCAUCAAGCAUUGAAGAAAACCUACGAGUGAUAGCUCAAACUAAAAGAAUUCGUGUAAAUGAAUUUUUUCAAGACUAUGAUAAAUUAAGAUCAGGAUUUGUUUCAGCUUCUCAAUUUUUCCGUUGUCUGUGGCAAACACUUUCUGUUAAAUUUAGUGAAGAAGAAGAGCAGGCACUUUGUAUGAAAUAUGGUUUCACUGAAGAUGGAAAAAUUAAUUACAAGAAAUUCUGUGAUGCUAUUGAGCUAAAGUUUGAUCCUAAGAACAUUUAUGGGUCUCCUGACAUACAAAAAGUUGAGACACCAGAAUAUCUAGGAACUCUCAGAAGUAAAAGGCCCCUAACAGUAGAUGCAGAGUCCAGAUUAGUGGACAUUUUAAGACGAAUGCAACAUUUUUAUAAUAUCAGAGGAAUUAACCUGCGAACACAGUAUGAAGAUUUUGAUAAGCACCACCAAGGAGUAGUGUCUGAGAGUCAGUUUUACAGAAAUUUUCCUGGUCCUGUGGAUAUUGAUGAUGAGGAUAUCAAAGUUCUAGUUGAGAAGUAUAAUGAUCCAAAGAGUCCAGGCCUCAUAAACUAUCUGAAUCUUCAUCAUGACGUACUAGCUGUACACAAGUAUGUUGAGCAAGAGAAAAAACCUCAGCUGUUAUCAAUGGGAAAGUCUGUCGAUAUGGUGGCCUUGUUUCCAAGAGAAGAUCCCACUUUAGCUGAAAUACUGGAUAAAAUUCGUAUAGCUGUUUUUAAAAAUGGAAUUAGGACAAUAGAAUUUUUCAAAGAUCAUGACAAGUUACGAAGUGGUGUAAUUACUGAUAAUCAGUUUGUUUGUGGAUUGGCUCUUGCAUGCGGCAAAGAGGCUCAGCUUUCACGUGGAGAAAUUCAAAAACUUGUGGAAAAUUACAGACUUCCGGAUGGUAGAGUUCAGUAUAAACAGUUUUGUGAUGCAAUGGAAAAUGCAUUUAACAUUCCUGACCUUGACAGAAAACCAACAGAAACUGUUCAAAGACCAGCCAAAGGAUCUUUAUUUCGUGCUCUCAAACCGCUAGUGGAAGAUGAGGAACAAAGACUCUUGGGUAUUCUCUCAGCCUUAUCGGACAAAGUUGAAAAGGAACGCAUCAUGCUGUAUCAAUAUUUCAAAGAUUUUGAUCGGUCCACUGCAUAUACAAGAAUUGUAACUCCAAGCCAGUUUGCCAGAAUUUUGCACUUCCUCAACCUUGAUGUUAGCCCAGGUGAUUUUAAGUUAAUAAUAAACAAAUUUCAAGAUCCCGCCAGUGGAGAUGUCAAUUAUCCAGCUUUCGUUCAAGCCAUUGAUAAACAAUUUGUUGCUACCACUAUAACUGAAGAAAAGCCUCCUAUUGUGCAUGAUAUUAGGCCUAUACCAAAAUCAAUGGUUGAAACCAAAUGGAUUGAAAGUGCCCCAGUUUCUUUUGUAGAUCUCUUAGCAAGAAUUCGUCAUAUAGUGCUUACUAACCGACUGAGGAUUAAUGAAAGUUUCCAAGACUUUGACGCUUUAAGAAGUGGUUCUAUAACCAUGGCUCAAUUUAGAAGAGGGUUAUCAUCAAUGGGACUGAGUAAAAUUGGGUUUCAUGAUCUGAAUGACAAUCAGUUCAACUUACUGGCUGCUCAUUAUCGCAAUCCUUCCAAACCAGACCAAAUUUUGUGGAUGAAUUUUGUUUCGGACAUUGAGAGUGUCUUUACACAGACAGGCUUGGAACAGAUGCCAUCUGCUGUUGUACAGCCUCAAGAGUACUUUAGAGUUCCAAAACCAGGCACCAUUGACUGGAGCAAUGCCAGCAAAGAACAUAAAGAUCUCUAUGAAGCAGCUAUGGACAGAAUAAGAAAGAGAGUGGAACAUAGAUCUGUUCAGUGUCGUCCAGUAUUCCAAGAUUUUGAUAGACACAAUAAAGGUCACAUCAGCCGCACACAGUUCAGACAAGCUUUGACAAUGCUGGAAAUUCCCAUUGAGGAAUCAGAAAUGCAGGCACUGGAGGCCCUUUAUAGCAAUGACUAUGGUGUUGACUACCGCAAGUUCCUGGAAGAUCUACAACCUAGUGAUCCCAUUCCAUUCAUGUAUGUAAAGAGAAUGGAAGAAAUCAGAAAAGCCAACUCCAAAGAGGCUUUACCAGAACAAAGGGCUGUGACAGACUUGGAAAGCGUGUUUAUCAAGAUUAAGACCAAAGUUGUCAAAGAAAGAAUUAGAGUUUAUGAAUUUAUGAAAGAUUAUGACAAACUGCAUUCUGGUCGCAUGCUCAAGACUUCCUUUAGAAGAGCACUAAAUCUGGCUAGGUUAAGCCUUCUGGAAUCAGAAGUCGCUAUGUUGGAAGACAAAUUCCAAUCAAUACAGGACUAUGAUUAUGUUAACUACUUGGCCUUCUGCCAAGAAAUAGAGUCAGUGUUUACCAAAGACAACCUAGAGAAAACACCAGAAGAUGUCAUAGAGCAGUUCAAACCAGAUGAAGAAUGGAAAGUUACAGAACUGACAGCUGAGGAAAAUGAACAAGCCAAUAAAUGUCUGCUAAGAAUUGCUGAGAAGGUAUAUAAAAACAGAAUGCAACUCUUCCCACUAUUUGAAGACUACGACAGAAUUCACAAUGGGGCAGUGUCACAAUCACAGUUUCGCAGAGUUCUAACUGAACUGGAACUGGCCAAUCUGGCAAGCGACAUUGAUGUGAAGCUCAUUUGUAAAAAAUUCCAGGUGCAAGUAGGAGGUCGUACAGAUAUUAACUAUAUAGCUUUUUGUCAGACAGUGAACAAUCUGGCAGGUUUCGACAUCAACAUGCCAUAAAUCUUGCUUUAAAGUUUAUAAUUUAUCAUGUAUUUGGAUUUCAUUGAAAAUGUAAUAUUGCUACAUUGUGAAUGGUUUCAACAACUCUAGUUAUAAGAGAUAAUCGUUUUCUAAUAUAUAAUAUUUAUAUGGUUUGAAAAAAAACUAUAUAUUUUUUAAAAACAAAUUGUUUUCAUGAUUACGACAUGAGCUUAUUUUUUUUGUUCCAAUUGAAAAGAUUGGCAACAUCAGAAUGUGGACGCAGAAUUCACAUUAGGCAGUUAUUUACUUCUUCUACAGAUACUGUCCAAAAGAAUUAUAUAAAUUGCUAUAAUAAAAAUAAAAAGUGAAUUUUCUGAAAUUUUUUGUCCAUUACACAACAUACUCUUUAACUAUUUCACAUAAUGUACUUGAUUUGAAGGAAAUUGUGUUGUCUUUUUUUAAAUUUCAGUUUCAGUUGUAGGAGUUAAACGUUACUACAGAGUCUGUGAUAUUUCUAUUUAGCAUGAUUUGAUUUUUGAAAGCAUAUAAAUAUAUGAAUUUAUUUUUUCUUUUACAAAUUUUAAAAAUUUUUAUUGUAAGUAAGGAUUUUUUUUUUAGAAACAAGCCCCCCCCCCCUUUUUUUUUUUUAAAUCUUUAUUUUACUUGUACAGUCUGCAUAUAUUGUACAAAAAUGAGUUUUAAAUGUGUAAAAAAAAUAAAUCAAAUAAAUAGCUACUAUAUGAA